CACCGUUUCUCGUUUUUUUGACAAUCUCGUCAUUCACAAUACUCGCAAAAGCAACUGUGGUGUGACACCACUCUCUCUCUCUCUCUCUCUCUCUCCUGCCUCCAAAUGUUGAAAUAUCAAGCACUCCCUCCUUUCUCCGCAACCAAUCUUCUCUCUCUCUCUCUCUCUCUCUUUAGUUCUGAUCUCUAAAUUCACUCUCAAUUGUGUGUGCUCGACCUUUCCCACAUCUGAAGAAGAAGAAGAUGGAUAAAGAAGCUUUUCUUGGGGGAGAAAGCAGUGGUGGUGGGAGGAGAGAUCGGUCAUCGCACUUCCCUCGAAGAUCAGACGCCAUCGCUCAUGGCUCACCUUACCAGAAGGCCGCUGCUCUUGUUGAUCUGGCUGAAGAUGGUGUUGGUCUUCCUGAGCAAAUUCUUGAUCAGUCAAGCUAUGAAAUUGCAACAAAGUUUUACUUCAUAUUUGUUCAAUUUGAUUUACUUUGGGCCCUUAAUUUCUUUGCCUUGAUUGUUCUAAAUUUCCUUGAGAAGCCGUUGUGGUGUGCUGAGUAUUCUGCAUAUUCUUGCAGUAAUAGAGAGUACUACUUUCUUGGACAGUUGCCAUAUUUAACUGGUUCAGAGUCUCUUGUUUAUGAGGGUGUAACUCUUAUCAUUCUCAUGAUACAUACCUUCUUUCCCAUUUCUUAUGAAGGAUUUCAUUUCUACUGGAAAAGUCAUCUUAAUCAAUUAAAGGUCAUUUUCCUGUUAAUCUUGGUUGCUGAUUUAAUAGUUUAUGCUUUAUAUCUAUCUCCAGUGGCCUUCUAUUCUCUUCCACUUAGGAUUGCACCUUACAUCCGGGUUGUUUUUUUCAUUCUCAAUGUUAGGGAAUUACGGGAGAGCAUCCUCAUCUUGGCUGGAAUGCUUAGCACAUACUUCAAUGUUGUGGCUCUUGGGUUUUUAUUUCUUCUGUUCUCCAGUUGGGUAGCGUAUGUCAUGUUUGAAGAUACCGAACAGGGGAAGACAGUUUUUACUUCUUUCGGCACAACAUUGUAUCAAAUGUUUGUUUUGUUCACCACAUCUAACAAUCCUGAUGUCUGGAUUCCUGCAUACAAGGCUUCACGUUGGUAUUGCCUAUAUUUUGUUCUUUAUGUGCUAUUGGGCGUUUACUUUGUCACCAACUUGAUCCUUGCUGUUGUAUAUGACAGCUUCAAAAGUCAGCUUGCAAAACAAGUGUCUGAAAAGGACCGUACGAGGAAAAGAAUAUUAGGGAAAGUCUUUAAUCUCAUUGAUAAAAAUAAUUGUGGAUAUCUUAACAAAGAGCAAUGUAUCCAUCUGUUUGAAGAGCUCAAUAAAUACAGAACAUUGCCCAGAAUAUCACGAGAAGAUUUUGAGUUAAUUUUCGAUGAGCUGGAUGACAGUCAUGACUUCAAGGCGAAGGAGCUUCUCUUUUCUUUUGAGUGAUGGCUAGGUGGCUUGGGUCCUGGCUCCAUUCUCUAUUUUGUGGUUACUUUUGGGAGAACGGAAUAGAAGAUCAUUUGAUGGUAUUGAGAUGCCUCAUUUUUAAAAUUAAAAGCCUUUUGUUGUCUUUCUUGUAUAGUUGAUUUUUGCAGGUGGUUAGCUCAUCUUUGAACUUAUAUCUGGAUUUUGUAGAGACCUUUGAAGAGGUUUUUGGUGUAUAGUUGAUAUAGUUUUCUUUUGUAUAUGGGUUGUGCACUACUUGGUGCCUGUUAGAAUAAUUUUUUGCUUAUAAAAGAAAAGUUUAAUACUUAUAUAGCACUUGUGUUUGGUGUUAUUUAUAGCAUUUGUGUGCGUAGAUAUUUAAUAGAAUGCGUUAUGGUAUCUUAUUAAUACACCAAAGGGACAAUCUUCUUAUUGACUUCAUCUUUCCUUUAUUUUUCAUGCCACUUUUAGGGACACUCUCUACUAUAUGCCUUUUAUGGUGCACGUUGAAAGCAUUCCACUAGUUAGUCCUAAGAUGGCUGAAUUGUGUUUCUAAACCUCCAUGAUCAUAUUUGUAUCCUUUUUCCUUCUUUUUGUCAUCCUUCAUUUCUACUUCUCAAAUUGAUCCUCCUAAUUACUAUUAGAAUAAUAUAUUAUUAGUUGGGUUAUUAUUUUGUUGUAAUUAUUAUGUCUUAGGGCUUUUUUGUAAUUAUUAAUCUUCAUUAAUAUAAAAAGGAGAUGAUAUCACAAUCAUACCAUAACCUUUUUCUCUCUAAAGUUACAUGGUGUCAGAGCCAAAACCCUAGCUAGCAGUCCCUUUCGCACUUGUUAGCAGUCUUUUCUCUCCUACAGUCUAAUCGGCCCCUCACCCAGCCACCUAUAGUCGACCUAAAGCUCUGAACUCCUUGCCUAGGUCUUGGAUCUCCUCCUGGGCUCCCCAACAGCCUGUUAGGCUUGGACGACAGUCUCUUGGCCCUUCUAGGGGCCUGUCGGUAGCCCCUCUGGCCUCCUUGGCCCCUGUCAAGAGGCUUUCCUUAGCCUUUUGCCUCUGUCGGUCAGCCUCUGUUAGCCCAGUGUAAUAACCGACUACACCACCCACACUCUCUACCGUUUGUAAUGUUUGUUCCUUAAACACACUCUACCGUCUGUAAUGUUUGGUUAAACAACUUUGACCUAAAUCUUAAAAAAAAAAAAAAAAAAAAAAAA